AUGUCUGUCCUGCUGAGAGCACCACGUUCGAAUGUAUUCAACAGACUUUCUACUAUCAAACCAAUACCACGUCCGUUCCCACCUCGAUUUUCAACAUUGACAAAGACUGCUGGAAAGGUGCCAGUCACAAAAGACCAGAGUUCAAACUCCUUGGAACCUUCAAAAUCAUCCAAAUGGAAAAGAAUCAGCAACGGCCAGUAUGUCAGGCCAUUUGAUCCUUUUGAAAAUAUGUUUUCACUCUUUUGUCGCGACCCAGCCAGACCAGAGCAUCGGAGCCUCGACGUCAUGGUUCAAGUUGGCAUGGAAACUUCAGAGCAAGAUUCAAAUACAAUGUUGAAGACGAUCAAAAAAGCAUGGAUCGGAAUGCGCUAUCUCCAUCCUAGUCUUGCCACUGAAGUCUACCCGAAGGAAUUCCGGUACAUGCCUCUCAAAAGCCAAGCAGAUAUUGAUGCUUGGAUGAAAAAAACAUUCAUUGUUAAAGAGUGGGAUGCGAGUGCUGAAGUACAAGGAUGUCAAGACCUCGGCAUCACACCUUCUGCCGAUUCGCCUCUGCUAUACUACUUCCCUGACAAGCAAAAGCUGAUCCUCCGCAUGAAUCACAUGCAUGGGGAUGGGAGAGCAUGUGUGGAUCUGCUACAAGAUCUCUUCAAUGAGAUUCAGCGUUUGAACUUAGGUGGAGAAACUGUCAAGGAACCUUGGGGUGCGGAAGUACCCAAACUUGCUUCUGGCGCAUUUGACACUGCGGGAAUAACAGCCUUGGAAGAUGACUGGUCUUCAAAUCUUACCGCAUCGUUGCCUCAAUCACAAGCAAAUGGAGAGGCCUUUGAAAUUCCUUCUAUUGAUAAUGCACACCCACCUGGACCGGGCAAGACACAAUCGCUGGACUUUUCUGAAAGUGAAACAUCUGAGCUUGUGGACCAAACCAAAAAAAUGAAUUUAGGAAUUACUGCUUUCGUGCAUGCAGUGCUUCUUCAUGCAGGAAAGAGAAUCAGUCCUAGCUCUGAUAGUUCUGUCCAUUCGACCGUUCUUAUUUUCAGUUUCCGAGAAAAAUGUACCGGCUCGCCUGCCAAUGCUAAUGCGAGAGCCGCUGCUCUGCGAAUUGGCUUCUGGCCCGUACAACUGUCGAUGUCGGAUGACUUCCAACGCACGGCGUUUGGCAUUAAACAGGAAUAUAAGGCUCUCGCUCGUCAAAAGUCUGCUGCUAUUGCCACGAUGGUGCCAUAUCUGCAGAAGUCUGUAGCAGUAUUAUCUAAAGACUAUUUUAAAGGGAUUCUACCCAGCUUCAUUGGAAAUCUCUCGAACCGCUUCCCCAAAACCUACGGCUCUUUCAAGAUCCGGGACCUCUGGAUGUGUGCGGUGCCGACCGAUGAACGAAUUUAUCUCGGAAUUCAGACUUUUGGUGAUAAAUUGUCUAUCAGGGCGUGCUACAAUCAAACAUACCAUACAGAUGAGCAGAUAUCCGACUACCUUUUGCAGAUCAAGAAAGAGAUGUAUGCCGGUCUGACAUCUGACGUCGAAAAACUCAAUUUCCUGUCGAUGUUGAACUUGCAGAGCUAG